GUCAGUGCGCGCAAUGGCGUGGGUGGCGGUACACUGCUCGGCAUCUGGCAGCGUCGGCUGCCCCCCAAAACUCCGCUGGUUGGUGCUGGCAACGUGGAAACCGUCGUGUCCUGCGGUCGCGCUGGACGCGGCCUUGGUGUGGGUGUCAAGCUGUACAAAGACUUACACGAUCGUCUCUCCGGGUUUGUGGGCCUCGAGAUAGCUCAGCUACGAUCCAGGCGAUCUAACUCCCUGGCUCUGAUGCCCGGUGCUUCCAUAGGCUUCACCUUCCAGAUCGCGCCGCGCAUCUACUCCCGUCUCCAGUACGCCAUUAAUCUCAAUGGC